GUAGGAGCCGCGGCCCGCGGGGAAGUGGAGGCGGGAGGAAGAGAAUGGAGCCGCGGGCUGCUGUUGGAGACAAGCCCAGCGAGCCCGAGCCGGCGGCUUCCUUCCAGGCCCGGCUCUGGAAGAACCUACAGCUGGGCAGCAAAGCCAGGAGCAGCCGGUCUGGCGCGGAGCGCCGCACUGCGGAGCCCCAGCCCUCCGCCGCGCCUUCUCCGGGCGGCAGCAAGGGGGACCCGCUGCCCGGCGCCAGGUGGAGCGGCUUCAAGAGGCGGAAGCAGGUGCUGGACCGCGUCUUCUCCUCCUCCCAGCCUAACCUGUGCUGCUCCUCCGCCGAGCCGCUGGAGCCGGGCGGCGAGCCCGCCUCAGCCCUGCGCCGCCUUCGCGAGCACCUGUACCAUCAGGGCAAGGGGCAGCAGCCGCCCGGCCCCCCUGACGGCUCUCCCGCCUCCUCCUCCGCCGCCUCCUCGCUCUCCUCCUCCCCGCUGCCUCCCGCUGGUCCAGCCCGCGCGGACAAGGCAGGAGGGGAGGAGGGACGCCGGCCCGCAGCACACCUGUCCCACCAGAAGAGCUCCUCUCUGCCCGGCACCACCUGCCUGGAGCAGUUAUUGCAAGACGAGCCCAGCGCCGAGCGGAGCGAGGACGAGGGAGCCGAGGGCAGCGCGAGAACAAAUACAAUUGGAACUAGUAAUGCAGAUUUUCCCUUGGCUGAUACCGGAAUGUACCAGUUGGACAUUACAUUAAAAAGGGGUCAAAAUUUAGCAGCGCGGGAUCGUAGAGGGACCAGCGAUCCAUAUGUCAAGUUUAAAAUUGGAGGAAAAGAAGUGUUUAGAAGUAAAACUAUACACAAGAACCUCAAUCCUGUGUGGGAGGAAAAAACUUGCAUUCUUAUUGAUCACCCUAGGGAACCAUUGUAUAUAAAGGUCUUUGAUUAUGAUUUUGGAUUUCAGGACGACUUCAUUGGCUCAGCUUUUAUGGAUCUUGCGUCACUAGAAUUAAACAGACCAACAGAUAUCACCUUGACUUUGAAGGAUCCUCACUACCCUGACCAUGAUCUGGGAUGUAUAUUAUUAUCAGUUCUACUGGCUCCCAAAGAAGGACAGAGGGAAGUGACCAUGCUAAUGAGGAAGAGUUGGAAAAGAUCAAGUAAGUUUCAGCCCCAGAGUUUACGCCUGUCAGACAUGCACAGAAAAUCUCAGCUCUGGAGAGGAAUAGUCAGUAUCACUUUGAUAGAGGGAUGUGAACUGAAGCCCAUGGAUGCAAAUGGAUUGAGUGAUCCCUAUGUGAAAUUCCGGCUGGGCCAUCAGAAGUACAAGAGUAAGAUUGUGCCAAAAACGUUAAAUCCUCAGUGGAGGGAGCAAUUUGACUUUCAUCUCUAUGAAGAGCGAGGUGGAAUUAUUGAUAUUACUGUGUGGGACAAAGAUGCUGGCAAAAGGGAUGAUUUUAUUGGCAGGUGUCAGGUUGACCUGUCGGUCCUGAGUAGAGAACAAACUCACAAGCUGGAGUUGCAGCUGGAGGAAGGAGAAGGAUGGUUGGUACUGCUGGUCACCCUGACAGCAUCAGCUGCAGUCAGUAUCUCUGACCUCUCUGUCAACUCCUUGGAGGACCAGAAAGAGCGAGAGGACAUACUAAAGAGAUAUAGCACAAUGAGGAUGUUUCACAACUUGAAGGAUGUAGGAUUUCUACAGGUGAAGGUCAUCAGAGCAGAAGCAUUAAUGGCAGCUGAUGUCACAGGUAAAAGUGACCCAUUUUGUGUAGUUGAGUUGAACAAUGACAGACUGCUGACACAUACAGUCUACAAGAAUCUCAACCCUGAAUGGAACAAAGUCUUCACAUUCAAUAUUAAAGAUAUCCACUCAGUUCUUGAAGUGACAGUUUAUGACGAAGAUAGAGAUCGGAGUGCUGACUUUCUGGGCAAAGUUGCUAUACCGUUGCUGUCUAUUCAAAAUGGUGAACAGAAAGCCUACGUCUUGAAAAACAAGCAGCUGACAGGGCCAACAAAGGGGGUCAUCUAUCUUGAAAUAGAUGUGAUUUUUAAUGCUGUGAAAGCCAGCAUACGAACAUUAAUGCCCAAAGAACAGAAGUACAUUGAAGAGGAAAACAGACUGUCUAAACAGCUGCUAUUAAGGAACUUUAUCCGCAUGAAGCGUUGUGUCAUGGUGCUCAUAAAUGCUGCCUACUAUGUUAACAGUUGCUUUGACUGGGAUUCGCCCCAAAGGAGUCUGGCUGCUUUUGUGCUUUUUCUUUUUGUGGUUUGGAACUUUGAGCUCUACAUGAUUCCGCUUGCUUUGUUGUUACUGUUGGCAUGGAACUAUUUCUUGAUCCUAUCGGGGAAAGAUAACACGCAACAUGAUACAGUAGUGGAGGACAUGCUAGAGGACGAGGAAGAAGAGGAUGACAGAGAUGACAAGGAUAGUGAAAGAAAAGGAUUUAUGAAUAAACUCUAUGCCAUCCAGGAGGUGUGUGUCAGUGUCCAGAAUGUCCUUGAUGAAGUGGCUUCCUUUGGAGAAAGGAUAAAGAAUACAUUCAACUGGACUGUCCCAUUCUUAAGCUGGCUGGCAAUUGUUGCCCUCUGUGUGUUCACAGUCAUCCUGUAUUUCAUUCCACUGAGAUACAUUGUCCUUGUCUGGGGCAUCAAUAAAUUUACAAAGAAACUUCGCAGUCCAUAUGCAAUUGAUAACAAUGAGCUACUUGACUUCCUUUCCAGAGUUCCCUCAGAUGUACAAGUGGUGCACUACCAAGAACUGAAACAAGAUCCCAGUCACAGCCCAAAUAAGAGGAAGAGAAACAAUCCUGGCUAGCCAGCUUCAUCUCCUGAGGAGUCUAGCAUCUGCUGAGGGAAGAUAAAAGGAAAAGCCCAAAGCCUAGGCAGCAUUUCCUUUCUCUAAGCUUUUUAUUUAUUUUGCCUUUUUAUCACAGUGGAGAGAAUUUGUAAAUAUUGUACAAAAGCAUUUAUCAUUCAAAAUGUAUUUAGCAUUGUACAGAAAAAUUUGAUGAAGCCUUCAAAUAUGGGUUAUACUGUGGGGAAAGCCUGUGAUUCAUAACAUAACACAAUAAAAAUACGUAAUGUAAAAUAAGUGGUAGAUAUGUAAUAUCUUUUGAUAGUAGAAGGCACAUAAAACUAAAUUAAAUAUUCAAGUCAAAUCUGCAAAAAUAUAAAUAUAAAUCUGAUUUGAAAAUGUAAGUGCAGUUUUAUUUGAACGUUAAUAUUUUUAUCCAAUAAGUUUCCAUUACAGUUUUUUAUUUUUUAUAACUUUAAACAGAAAUACAAUGUAAUGGAACCUACUGCAUUUAAGUUUUAUCAAAGCUUUAGACACUCUUGUUAACUUCUCGUGCAGUGUAUUCAGACUGACUUGGUGUAUUUCUCAUUAGCUUACAAGUAGCCCAAGUGCAAAUUUCUUACUAGAGCUCCAUUAAUUGAAGAGAUUCCUGCCUUUUUUAUCAUUCCAUCAUGAGACUUUAAAAUACAUACAUAUAUCUAAAAAUACUGCCAGGUUUGUAACUGACUACAUCUCUUUUUAUAUGUACCAAUAAUAUUAAUUUGUACUAACUAGUUUAGUGAAUGAAAUACAUAGUUCAGUUGUAAAGAAAAUACUAUCAAACUAAAUCCAUAUUGCUUCAGGUGUCAGGUUAUGAACACCAUUUGUGCACAUAAAGACUUUUAAUACUAAACUGUUACAGAAAAUGUUUUUGCUUUCUAAUUACAAAGUCAUAUUAAAAUGCUUUAUGGCAUAUUAUAUUACCUGUUACUGGUGUGACAUACAGUGUAAGGGAAAAAUGCAGUAGUAAAAGUGAUAUACCAGUUUUAUUUCUUUGUUUAAUAAAGUAAUCAGUCCUCCUGAUACAGACAUCCCC